AUGGAUGGACGUAGUAGGAAGUCAGCUGUUUAAAGGAGUUCCGAAUCUAAACUUAUAAACCUGUGAAUAUUUCCAUACCCAGGAGAGCAGAGCAGAGGGACUGAGUGUCCAGUGAAGAGGACCAGGCUGACUGCACCGCGCGUCUUUGCUGCUAGUGUCCCGGCGUCACUGGGCAGUAGCACUGCUGUUCUUGCUCGCAGGCGCUUUUCUGUCUCAUUUACCUCGCUAGUUAAUAACUACGCAUGGGAGCUUGUGUUUGGCGUUGGAUACAUUUUUUAUAGCUUUCAGGUGGUUCUAUAAACCACUUUCAACUUGACAUUUCCAGCUGAGUAUAGUGUCCUUAUAGCUGGGCUCUUGUAUCGGUUUAUUGUUGGCCAAGCGCCUGUUUAUCAUAGUCGGACAGCAGAAUGUACCAGUGGUUCUUUGAGCUAGUCGACAGAUAGACCUUUUGCAAAUACGAAUUUAAUGCAUUAUUAUUUUUAUUUUUUUUAUUUUUAUACGUUUACCUGGGCCAGCAACAGAUCAAGCUUUGCACGUAAAGUCAAGUGGCUCUAUCAGAAGAUGGAAGAUGAGGUCUUUAAUCAGAUUCUUUAUGUUAGCAAUCAGCUGGUCUCUUGGAUCGCUGCACUUGCUAUUAUAUUUGGUGGUGUGGUACCAUACAUCCCCCAAUACAGAGACAUCCGCAGGACGCAGAACGCCGAGGGAUUCUCCACCUAUGUUUGUCUUGUGCUUCUUGUAGCUAACAUUUUAAGAAUACUCUUCAGGUUUGGACGUUACUUUGAAACUGCACUGCUGUGGCAAAGCAUCAUAAUGAUUGCCACCAUGCUGAUUAUGCUGAGCCUGUGUACUAGUGUCCGUGUGGCUACUGAAAUCAGCACCAAGCGUCGCUCAUUUACAGCAACAGACAGUAAGGACGAGGAAAUCAAAGUUCCUAAGAAGUUCUUUCUGGAUUUUGAUUGGAACUAUUUCUGGGUGUGGAGUCGUUUUGUGGAUUAUCUGCAGUGUGUGCUGGCAUUUACGCUGGUGGCAGCUUAUGUAACGUACCUGCUGCUGGAGUCUGUGCUGUUUGUGGAGACGCUGGGCUUCUUGGCCGUGUUCACAGAGGCCAUGCUGGGUAUUCCACAACUCUACUGCAACUACCAGAACAAAUCUACAGAGGGCAUGAGCAUCAAAAUGGUGUUGAUGUGGACAAGUGGAGACACCUUUAAGACAGGCUACUUUCUGCUCACUCAGGCUCCUAUGCAGUUCUGGAUCUGUGGUUUGCUGCAGGUGUUUGUGGAUAUUGCCAUUCUGUCCCAGGUGUACUACUACAGCCGCUACCCCCAGAAACCUGUCUCACACACCACACACACCACCAGCGCCAAGGCACUCUGAAACAUACACACAAGACACAUGCAUGGAGUUUGAGGAGACUGUUGCCUGAUGGUGGACUUGAACUCUCAUCCCUUUUUAUAUUCUGAACUGAUGGAUCCUUAUUUAAUAUAUUUUGUACAAGCUUAUACAGAGAUAUACAAGGGAUGAUGUUUAUGCUUCUAUGUCUGCAUGCACACAGCCUCAGUAAAUGCAAUAUGAUGUACAUGCAGCUCUUCUGGUCAAAGUUGUGACCAAGGCCAACAGUUAUUGAGGAUGAAAAUGUGUACCUUAGAGACUUAAGACUCAAAAAGGGCUAGUUUACUUUCACAAAAGCAGUAAUAUAGUUUCCAGCUGUUUUCACAUGACCACUAACUUGUCGAUAUACCAUCUGUAUUUGUGUACCAUGAUAAUGACAUACCAUAUAUUGUUUUCAGUUUUAUCUUUAUUUUAGCAUUUUAUUUGGAUAGAUAAUAACGUGCCCCAGUUGCCAAGCCCCAGUUGCCAAGCAGUUGCCAAGUUUAUUUUUUGCAAUUUAAUUUGUGCGUUGUGCUCUCACAAUACUGAGACAUGCCAGUUAACUCCAGUGUAUGUAAUUUACUGUGACCUUCAGAUUGUUUUUGCAAUAAUAGUUUAAAAUACACCAAAGUUAAAUACAUUGUAAAGUUUUUGGAAAUUUGCUUCCUGUCUUAACAAUUAAAAUACCUUGUAAGGAUCUCAUUAACAUAGUUUUAGGAGAAGAACAUUACAGUGGCCGACAAGACCCUGUGCACAGUACAAUUAAAAAUAUGUUGUAAAUGCAGCAAACACUUUCCGUAAUAAGACUGCACCUACACUACAUUUCACAAUCAUGCAACAAAUACAGAAAAACUUUCAUCAAAAUGACUACAUUAGUGCUACAUUUCACAAACAAGCUGCUAAUGCAGAAAAUGCAUGCAACUUGAACAAUGCAAUGCCAGUUUUCUGUGUUUGCAGAGCAUUUACAUGUUUGUAUAGCACUGUUGUCAUUUUGAUGAACGUGUUUUUGCAGUUAGUUUUCUAUUUGCAGUUCAUUGGGAUUUCUUCGUCACGUUAGGUAAAUGGAACAAAACAGUCUGGUUCAAAGCAAUGUUGGUUUGUAAUGCAUUAUUUUUUGCAAAAAGUAGCAGCUACUCAGGAAGCACAGGUUCCUUUAUUAAGGUGAACUUCCUAAAAUGUCAUCUGAUAUCAUGAUAUAUUUGGAAAAUAUUGAAUUUCAUCAGUAUUACACCUACACCUACACCCCUACCGCUAACAUAACAAUGAAUGUAUAUUGUCUGUGAUGACAAUAAUUCUACAUUUAGUUUUGCUUAGAACACAAGAUGUGUAAAAAAUGUCCCCUUUAUGGUGUCUUUUGUAACCAUUUCAGUUGCGCGCUCUAAGGAGUGCAUUAUGCUAUUUUAUAGAUGGAGAAAGUAUGAAAAGAGAGAAAAUAAUUAUUUGAAUUAUUGGGUGGUUGAAUCAAGGUGUAUUUUUGAGGCCAAAGGUAGUGUACUAUGUGUACUAUGUCUAUGAACUAUGUAUUUACUUACUGAAGGUGCUAUUUAUAGUAGUAUUUAUAGUUAAGGAUGUUGGUGAUUAGUCACAUUGUUUAAAUUAGAUCGAAUGGAUAGAUUGCUACGGAUGAGGAAAAAGUAUUUAACUGGGUGUAGCUUAAGGCUCAUAAUGUCCUGAAAAGCCACUGAUCUUUUCUUGAACGUGGGAAAUUCAGAUAUCUGUUACCUCUUCAGUUAAAAUCACAAGAUUCUCAAUUUGCAUAUUUUCCAUUUUGGGGUAUUUUGCUGAGCCAUUGUUUGAAUAUGUUGUUUUUAGGUCAGACGAUAUUAUUGUGAGUUGGUUUUAAAUGGUCCCUCAGUGAAAUGUGGUAUCUCUACAUUAGAUGUGUAAACAGCUGGAAACAGAUCAUUUUUACAUUGAACAGAUUAUUCAGCAAGAUGUUUGGAUAUUUUUAUCGAACUGGGCAUGCUACAAUGAACUGUAUAUAAUAUGUUCUUUUUUAUGUGACAUAAACAUGGUUGCCUUAAGAACUUGUAUAAAUUUGCAGUCUGAACAGAAGGUUCUGCUUGCUCAACUCAUCAUUUUUAUUUUUAGGAUGUAAACUGUCAGUUUAUUGGCCUUGUUGUCUACAUUCAUUAGCCAUUUCAGAAAACACAAACACUAUAGAGACACUUAUACAACUAUAGGUUUACAGUUACUGACAUUAGCCCAUCUGGAGCUGCAUGAUUUAGCCACUCACCACCUUGUCCAUCAGUCUGUAGCUUAUCUUUAUUCAUGAGCAGUGUAUGUUAGUCAUCCUCUAGCCCUUCAUCAGUGGUUAGUUUCUGACCAUAGGACCAAUGUUGGCUGGAUAUGUUUGGUUGGUGGACUAUUCUGGGCUGAGAAUUGAAUAUUCUCAGCCCAGCAGACUCACUGAGGUUGUUACAGCAGGAAACAUGUCACACUUUAAGUCAUCUGUAUAAUUCACAGUUUUUGCCAUUUGUUUUCUUUGUUACAUAUCCUGUGUUAUUGCCAAAACAGGAAUGAUUCGACAGUGUGGUUACUCCUUCUCCUCCUUUUACCUUUUACAUUCUUUCACAGAUAUGUUUUUUGUUUGUGUGUUGUUGUUGUUUUUGUGUUUGGAAUUGCAACCAUUUGUAUAGAUAAUUCUUUUUUUAAUAAAGUGGUGCAGAGGGUAAUGCUGUUGCCUCACACCAAGUAGGGUUCAGUUCCCUGGCAGGAAGACAGUGGUCCUUUCUGUGUGGAGUUUCCAUGUUGUCCCUGAGUCUGAGUUUACUCUGGGUGGUCUGGUUUCUUCCCACAUUCCAAAGACAGUCAGGCCAGUUUGGAGAUAAAAUUGCCCAUGGUGUGAAUGUACUGUAUAUGUCCAUGUCUGGACUGGUGACCUGUCCAGGGUGUUUUCUGCCUGCGCUGGGAUGAGCUCCUGUGACCCAAGAGAAUUAGUGGCUUAGAUGUGGAGUGAAUGUUUUUAAUUAGCAAUUUAAUUAGCAAUCAAUUUUAGAAUAUGGUGUUUGUUGGCCUUUUUUUUUUUAACAUUAAUAAAUGUUUGUUA